AUGUCUACACUGUACGAGGACUUCUGCAAGACGUGCGGAAAUUGGAAAGAAGGUUUGAUCAUGAAGCAAAUCAGAUCAAGCCAGAGAAGCGGAAAAAAAGCUUGCCGCAAGUGGCUCUCCCGCAAGGCUAUGCUCAAGUACUUUGACAACGACUCAGACACCGUUGACGCAAUCAUCUUUCGCAAGGAGAGCGACGCCAAGUUAAUGGAAGAAGAGGUGCGUCAGCACCCAGAAUGUCCGAGUCUCCGACAAUACUUGGUUCUAGUCGAGGACGAGGAAACCGCAGAGGAAGGGCUCGAGAUCUCAGACUUGUUUCAGGCCCAAGACGCUCAAGGCAGUGAGUCUAGCAGCAGCGACGAAGAUUCGGCAUCUUCGGAGGACACAAGCUCCGAGAGCAAGAAAGGCAAGAAGAGAAAGAAGAGUGCAAAGAGCAACACUAAAAAGAAAGGAAAGAAAGACAAGAAGGGAAAAAAGGACAAGAAAAACAAAAAGAAAGGGAAGGGCCGCACAAACAAGCGGAAGACAAAGAAGUCAAAGAAUGAUGAUCCAGAAGAUGAGGACAAGGAGAAGUCUAGAAAAUUGAGCCAGGAAGCGAACAAGAUCGUGAGUUUGGCGAGCAAGAAGAUCAAAGACUUGAACAUCAAGAAGUCAAGUGAAGAUGUUUCAAAGAGCAAGCACCUUCAAGAUGCUUUGAGAAAGGAUAUCGAGACUCUGGCACGGAAGUUGAAUACGGACGACCAGAUCCGCGAGAAGAUUCAGGAUGCAAAAUCCGUGAUCGAGGAUGCUGAGCACACGCUUCAGAUCAAGAAGUCAAAGGGCGGCGCUGGGAACAAGUAG